CCACCAUCUUUCCAUGCCACCAUAAUGGUGCACAUGAAUGCCCUGGCUGAUGCUCUCAAGAGUAUCAACAAUGCCAAAAAGAGAGGCAAACGCCAGGUUCUUAUUAGGCCAUGCUCCAAAGUCAUCGUCAGGUUUCUCACUGUGAUGAUGAAGCAUGGUUACGUUGGCGAAUUUGAAAUCAUCGAUGAUCACAGGGCUGGGAAAAUUGUUGUGAACCUCACAGGCAGGAUAAAUAAGUGUGGAGUGAUCAGCCCCAGGUUUGAUGUACAACUCAAAGAUCUAGAAAAAUGACAGAAUAACCUGCUCCCGUCCCGUCAGUUUGGUUUCAUUGUACUGACAACCUCAGCUGGCGUCAUGGACCAUGAAGAAGCAAGACGAAAACACACAGGAGGGAAAAUCCUUGGAUUCUUUUUCUAGGGAUGUAAUACAUACGUGCAAAUAAAAGGCCUCAGAGGACAAAAACAAACA